CUACUAUUUCAUGUUCAAUGUUCAUACAAAUGCCUAGAGAGAGAAAGGUUACUACACAAGUUUCUGGUAGAAAGAGAAAGUGAAGGAGGAAAGAGAAAGUGAAGGAGGAAAGAGAAUCUCAUAGCCUUUGGAGUUUGCUUUACUCUAUGCUCUACUACACUCCCCCAUAACACCACCACCCGGGUUUCCUUUCUCUCUUCUUUUCACUCUAAUCAUUUUUUUUUUUAGUUUUUUCGUGUAUGUGAGUGUGGGGUACCUGAGUUUUUGACUUUAAAAUCCCUUGAUUCUGCUUACUGAAACAUCGUUAAAAGGUGCUCCUUUUUUCUUUUCUUCUUAUCUUUCUUUUGUUAAACUGCGCAAUUAUUGUGACUUUUACUUUCGGGAAAGGAACUCUUUAGUACUCUCAGAGUCACACUGUUACACUAUCGUUUUCUGCUGUUAUUAGCCUAACUCUAUUUUCCCUUUAUUUUCUUCUCUGUUUAAUUGCCAGUCAUUUCAGGUAGUUGGGUCUUCUUCUUUUUUAGUGUGUGUGUGUUUUAUGUGUUUUGGGAGGAUGAGGGUUGGUCUCAGAUUUGGGUUUGGAUUCAUUGAUUCUUGCAAUUUGUUGUUCAGAGUGUGUUGAAGUUAGGAAGAGAAGGAAAAAGUUAUGGCAGGAGGUGGGGGAGGAGCUCCAGCGCCUAAGGCAGAUGAGCCACAACCACACCCACCAAAGGAUCAGCUACCAAAUAUUUCUUACUGCAUUACAAGUCCUCCUCCAUGGCCUGAGGCAAUACUUCUCGGUUUUCAACAUUAUAUUGUGAUGCUCGGUACAUCUGUGCUAAUUCCCACUGCUCUUGUUCCCCAGAUGGGAGGUGGCAAUGAGGAGAAGGCAAAAGUUAUCCAAACACUACUCUUUGUAGCUGGAAUUAACACACUGCUGCAAACACUGUUUGGAACUCGAUUACCUGCAGUAAUUGGAGGGUCUUAUACCUUUGUUCCAACAACAAUCUCAAUUAUUCUAGCUGGUCGAUUCAGUGACGAGCCAGAUCCUAUAGAGAAAUUCAAGAGGAUUAUGCGGGCAAUCCAAGGUUCUCUUAUUGUUGCUUCAACUCUUCAAAUUGUACUAGGCUUUAGUGGCCUUUGGCGUAAUGUUGCAAGGUUCUUAAGUCCCCUUUCAGCAGUUCCUUUGGUAUCUCUUGUUGGUUUUGGGCUGUAUGAGUUAGGCUUUCCUGGGGUUGCUAAAUGUGUAGAGAUUGGACUGCCGGAGCUUAUAUUGCUAGUAUUUGUUUCACAGUUUGUACCCCACGUACUACAUUCAGGAAAACAUGUCUUCGACCGUUUUUCUGUUUUAUUUACAAUUGCAAUUGUGUGGUUAUAUGCUUUUGUGCUCACUAUUGGAGGGGCCUAUAAUCAUGCUGCACCUAAAACACAGGCAACGUGCCGCACUGAUCGUGCUGGCUUAAUAGAUGCUGCUCCAUGGAUACGAGUUCCAUAUCCAUUUCAAUGGGGAGCACCUUCAUUUGAUGCAGGUGAAGCCUUUGCUAUGAUGAUGGCAACUUUUGUUGCUCUUGUAGAGUCCAGUGGAGCUUUUAUUGCUGUUUAUCGGUAUGCAAGUGCAACACCAAUGCCACCAUCUAUUCUUAGUCGGGGUAUUGGUUGGCAGGGAGUUGGCAUUCUGUUAUCAGGAUUGUUUGGAACUGUAAAUGGAUCCUCUGUAUCUGUAGAAAACGCAGGUCUUUUGGCUUUGACUCGUGUUGGCAGUAGAAGAGUAGUGCAAAUAUCUGCUGGUUUUAUGAUUUUCUUUUCAAUUCUCGGGAAAUUUGGAGCAGUAUUUGCCUCCAUUCCACCUCCCAUUGUUGCUGCACUGUACUGCUUGUUCUUUGCUUAUGUUGGUGCGGGAGGUCUAAGUUUUCUUCAAUUCUGCAACCUCAACAGUUUUAGAACAAAGUUCAUAUUAGGCUUCUCUAUCUUCCUGGGCUUGUCUGUGCCACAGUACUUCAAUGAGUACACAGCAAUCAAUGGUUUUGGUCCAGUCCACACCGGAGCAAGAUGGUUCAAUGAUAUAGUCAAUGUCCCAUUCCAAUCAAAAGCAUUUGUUGCGGGUGUUGUGGCAUAUUUCCUGGAUAACACAAUACAUAAGAAGGAAGGUUCAAUUCGGAAAGAUAGAGGAAAACAUUGGUGGGACAAGUACAAGUCCUUCAAGACUGACACAAGAAGUGAGGAGUUUUAUUCACUUCCUUUCAAUCUAAACAAAUACUUCCCAUCUGUGUAAUUGUGCAAAGCAGCUGAACUAAUAAUAGGUGGUUUCAUCAAAUACUGCUUCACCAAAGUAUCUAAAAGGUCGUGAUUUAAUCUUUGUUCUAAUAGAGAUUGGAUCUUAUUACAGGCAUAGUUAUAUGAAGUCCUCCUUGGCUGUAGAAUAUUCUAAAACAUUUGUUUUAUUGUUUUUCGUUCUGUAAAUGCUAACCUGGAAAGUGGAUUCACGGUAGUAGUGUGCAUGUUUUGUUUAUCAUUCAUUUUAUAUAUAUCACGUUCCCU